AUGGCAGAGCCUCAGGAUCCCACUGUCUCCGCUCUUCGCGAAGUUCUCACUAACGAGUCCGAACCGCUCGCACGUCGAUAUCGCGCUCUUUUUUCUCUGAAGCACCUUGCUUGCCUGCAGCCACCUACUGAAAAGACCCUUCCUGCGAUUCAAGCGAUAGCCGCGGCUCUUUCGUCUCGGUCGGCGCUCUUAAAGCAUGAGCUUGCGUAUUGCCUCGGCCAAUCCAAAAACCCCAACGCAAUUCCCUACCUGCGCCGUGUCCUCGAAGACCGCAACGAAGAUGCCAUGUGCCGGCAUGAGGCUGCGGAAGCUCUUGGGGCUCUUGGAUAUCCGGAAAGCUUAGACAUUCUGAAGGCCUUGAGAGAUGACAAAAACGAACCAGACGUAGUCCGGGAGACUUGUGACAUCGCUGUCGACAGAAUCCUGUGGGAAACGUCGGAAGAGAGAAAGACGGAAAAGCUAAAACCAAGGUUUGCUUCUACUGACUUCGCUUCUAUCGACCCUGCUCCCCCACUUCCCAUAUCAACCAAAGAACCCUCAAUUGAGGAGCUGGAAGCGACAUUGCUGGAUACUAAACUCCCCCUCUUUAAAAGAUACCGUGCCAUGUUCGCCUUGCGAGACCUUGCUUCUCCACCUGACCUGCCUACCGCAACCCCAGCUGUUCAAGCCCUGGCGAAGGGGCUAAAAGACCCAUCCGCACUAUUCAGGCAUGAGAUAGCUUUCGUAUUCGGGCAACUGUGUCAUCCAGCAGCAAUUCCGAGUCUGACAGAAACCCUAAGCAAUUUAAAGGAGGUUGGCAUGGUUCGGCAUGAAGCCGCCGAAGCUCUUGGUAGCCUGGGCGACGAAGAGGGUGUGGAAGAGACCCUGAGAAAGUUUUUGAACGACCCAGAGCAAGUCGUGCGAGACAGCAUCAUGGUGGCUCUUGACAUGGCGGAGUACGAGAAAAACGGUGACAAGGAGUAUGCGCUGCUACCAGAGACAGUCUCCGUCGCCUGA